CUCUACUACUCAAACAAGUUACUGAAGAAAGAGAGAAAACAAGCAAGAGAGCAUAGAGUGGGAGAGUGAGAGGCGUUUGAUUAUUAACAGAUAGUCUAACCUACUAUUCAUGGGUUGUAUCGAUGGAAAAUGGGCACCGCUGAUCGUGAUUAGUGUGAUUAACACGAUUAAUGGGAUGGUUAACGCUUUGAUUAAGAAAGUUCUUGAUGGAGGCAUUAAUCAUAUGGUUGUUGCUACCUAUCGUUUGGGCAUUUCCACCUUAUUCCUUCUUCCGAUCGCUUAUUUUUGGGAACGGAAAACAAGGCCGAAGCUAACAGCAAGAGUUUCGUGUCAGCUUUUCGUCAGUGCUCUUUUUGGGACGAGUUUAUCGCAGUAUUUCUACUUGCUUGGCCUCAGCUACACUUCUGCCACCUUGGGUUCUGCUUUCUGGGGCACAUUGCCUUCCAUCACUUUCAUUAUGGCUUUAAUAUUCAGAUUCGAGAAGCUAAAUAUGAAAACAAAAGCAGGAUUCGGCGUUGGUCUUGGACCUAUCAUAAGCUUAGCUGGAGCUUUACUUCUUACGAUGUACCAAGGCAUUCCAUUAUCGAACUCUCAAGAAUAUUCAACGGUUUUAAACAUCCACAAAGGACAUGAGAAUAGGAUUAAAGGCUGUUUUCUUUUAUUCAUUGGAGUUGCAUUUUUCAGUUCCUGGAUGCUUAUACAAGCCAAGAUCCACUCGAGCUACCCGUGUCCAUACUCGGGUACAGUUAUUUUAUCAGUCUUUGGUACGCUUCAGUGUGCCCUUCUUAGCUUGAUCAAGACUAGAGAUGUGGAAGAUUGGAUCCUCAGAGACAAACUCACCAUCCUCACCCUCAUUAUAGCGGGUGUGUUUGGACAAGGAGUGGCUACGGUGGGACUGUCAUGGUGUAUCGAAAAACGUGGACCUGUCUUUACAUCAGCAUUUAGCCCUGUCACACUUAUGGUCGCAACCUUGUUCGAUUUCUUGAUACUUCAUCGUAUGAUUUAUUUAGGAAGCAUUAUUGGAUCUGUGGUGAUUGUGAUCGGUUUAUACUUAUUUCUAUGGAGUAAGGGUAAGCAGAUAGCUGACUCUAAGAUCGUUAAAUUGCCUACAAGUACAGUGGGAGAAGCAAAGCAAGAGGAAGACCAUACAAAUGUUAACAAAUUAGGCCGUCUUUUGGUUAGUCCCAUGACUCCUUGAUCCACUUACUUAAACCCUCUUUUUCAUUCAGAAAGACAUACAUGUCCUACGAAUCAUCUAUGAAGAAGAAAAGAAGUAAUCAUUUGAUUGUUGCUGGAGAAUAUACUCACUUGUGUUGCAAUGUUUAAACGUUUGAAUUUUACUUUUCAAUGGCUUAAUUUGGGUAUUGUAAUCUUUUAAAAAAUAAAAAAAAAUUGUAUCGAAAAUGGACUUAUUUGUCUGAA